AGACUACACCCUCACCUUCCCCUACGGUGGCUGCGAAAAAUGCUAAAAACAUACAACUACUUUGUAGAAACAUGGUGGACUCUGUGGAGGAGGACCUGCUUCCUCUGUGGAUGUAAAGACUCAUUCUGGUGUUUAAACACUAAUGAAAGCAUAAUUGUGAAUAAUAUGUUUCACUUCUGCGAAUAGCUCCACCUCAGUCCUGCACACUGGACCUUUAACUCAGCUCAUUUACUGCUUUUUUUUCAGAAAAAUGGAAGACAUCACUCUUCAUUUGCAUUUUACACGUCUGAAGUCCCAGAAUAAAUGUGCCUCAUGGAGUUUUUUUCAAAACAAAUAACAUUUAAUUCAGUGUAAAUCAUCGUGUUUAUCCUCAAGUCCUAACACAUGUGACGAACGUUUUGUUGACAUCAGUCUUCUUCUCCUCUGCCUUCGUUGGUGCGAUGCUGCGUUGGGUCGUCACAUCCGUGUUUACAUGCUCAAACUCUGAUUACAGGCAGAAAUCCAAACACCAGACAAAAUGACAUUUCCCUCCCAGAGACAGGAAGUUGGUUCUCCUGAUCUUCUUUCUUCACCCCUCUCAUCUCAUCCCUGGUUCAGACUUCUAGAUCUCAGCUGUUCAUGCUGAGUCCACUGCUGUUAGAGCUGUUCCUCUAACCUUUAUCUGUCCUGGACAAACGCAGCGAGCAGCCUGAGGCAGCGCGUCCUCUUACCUGAACAAACUGGCGAAUAAAGCUAGAGGAUCGGGUCAUUUGGUUUCAUCUCAGAGUGACUGAUGGUUUGUCCGUCCCUCAAAACCGGACAGCUCUGAAUGACAUUCUUUCAGGUGUGUCUGUGUUUUCCCAGCGAGACGACCUUCAUGCUGACCGUGAUGACAAAGAAACCACAAUCUGCCCUCCUCUUCCUCCGUGUGGCAUCGUCUCACGUGUCCUCCCUCUCUCCCGGAGACAGUCUGUCCUCAGAAGCAUCUUAAUGAAUUGGCUACUUCCUCUUCUGUGAAUUGCCUCCCCAAUCAAGCGCCGAUAAUUACAGAGACACUCUGGGCCUCGUCGCUGAGGCGACCCGUGGUUUCUCAGCUGAAAGAAUGAAGGUUAUGACGGUCAAUGCUUAGUUUGUGUGCGUCAGAGGGGUGAGAGCCCAAUGGGUGACGGCGGCCUGUGACCCGGCGGGGGUGGGUGGAGGAUGGAGGGCAGGUAGAUCUUUAAAAGGUCAGGGGCGAUGAAUGCAAGAGACGAUACCGAGACCGGGACACAAGGUAAGACGCGUGAAAUCCCCUCUGCUUCGCUGAUCCUCACAGAUAAAUAACACUUGUCUCAUUUUCUUUGAAUCUUUUACGCCUCUGAGAAAAUGUUUCUUACAGGAUGUUUGCGUCCGAAGCAGCCAAGACGUUUCUCUGUGAAGCUGUUUUGCAGGCGUCGACUCUCGUCAUCCACAUGAGACGCUGCAAUGGUUUUAAGUUGUUUAAAAUGUUCUCACUCAUUUAACCCAGUGAAGGUCUGGUGUCCUUCGUUGCACUGGACUAACUUGUGCCGAGCUUCUCCUUCGCAUGUUUGGCUUGUUCGGAUUUCUUGCAGCUCAGCGUUGUGUUGCGAGCGCGGUGACGUUAUCUGUCUGACUUUGACGUCUCUGCUUGAAUUGACCGUUUUCAGAUUAAAACGUUUGUUUGAGAAUUUGCAUGGCCCGGCUCUCAGGUAGUUCUGAGUAAACUUGCUCCUUGCUGAACACAAACUGGGCAUUUGCCAACGUGGCAAGAAAAAGUCAACCAGUCAAAAGUUCCCACAGUUUUGCUGUUGGCAGUUCGCUGUUUUUGAGAACAAGGAUUUUAUUUAUUUACGUUUUGGUCUUAAAUUCAUUGAUUGCGAUUGUUGCUGAGGUGAAAGGACAGAGGAUGUACUUUGAUUACUUUUUUGCAGGUAAACAGGGAAUUCAUGUUUAUUCCAUCCACUAGAUUUUAGGAUUUUGGCCACCUUUGUGUUUUUGUGAGCAGAAUAUCUCAAAAACUAUGAGCCAGAUUUAAAUUAAAUUUGGUUGAAGGUGUUGUAAAGGGACAUGUGACGAGUGUUCAGGUUUUGGUGUGGAUCGCUCGAUUUUUUGUGCCACAACUUCCAUCGUUUAUUCACCAAACCUGGAGCACAUUUGGAUGAUCCCACCAAAAAACACCUUUUCCUAUAACUGACUGAAGCGGUUUUUGUGCCUUAUUUGACGUUAACAGCCAGAACUCUUGGAUGUAUUGAGUAAAUGCAGCCAAAGUUAGAUGAUCCCUGCAUAUAUCCUGAUUUAAAUGUCCAUCACUCUGCAGACAUGACCCAGGUGAAAUACUGCAUAAUGUAUCCUUAAAUACAAAUUAAUUCCCAUCAUGCACAGCUGAAGGUAAAAUAUUUUUCAGCCAAUAAACUUCUGCAUGUCACUAUUUCGAUCCGGAGACAUGCAGAUAAACUCUUUGAUGAAUACUUCUUUUUAUUUUCUAGAUGAGACUUUCUUUUCAUCUCGCUGCUGCACAGCUCAGCCUCCUCUCCCUCUCCCUCCUCUGCCCCAUCCCACGGAUCGUCACGUCAUACCCCCACUCCCCCUCCAACCUCCUGCCCACGGUGGACGUACCUGAGCUGGAGUCUGCCCUGAUGCACCUCCAGACCGCGAUGGAUGACCCGAGGCACGAUUGGCUUGUCCAGCCUGAUGUCUGGGCCGAGUGGCCUCAAGACCUCCAGCUGGCCCUGCUGGACCCUAGAAAAGAGGAGGACGGGCCCUGGGAGGAAGUGCUGCUGAGGGCCCAGAGAGAAGACCUGGUGGCCCAGCCGCUGUCACCCUUCCCCAGGGGUCACUCUCUGGAGGGCAUGCACUAUCAGGAGGGAGGAGAGGGGGAGAACGGAGGCAAGAGGAAUGAAGCUCUGACCUCCAUCGCAGGAGGACUCCAAGCUGUCAGCCGGGAAAAAGGAGGAUUCGGCUUCCGCUUUGGGAGGAAAAGAUGGACUGAAGGGAUGAAUGAAGGGACGGGGAGCACGGAGGAGAAUAAGUGGAAGUGAUGAGGAGAGGGUUUUCAUCAGGAGAGAAAGAGGAGUUUGAUGAGGGAUAAAGAGGGUGAAGCUGUGAUGAGAUGAUGACAAGGGAGGUGAUACACUCAGCAGAUUUCUAGGCAGUAAAGAUGGCCUCCAGCAGCAGGCAAUACACACACACACACACAAUUCAUGGCAACCAAAUGUUGCUGAAAAAGUUGCCCAGUGGACCACAGCAUUGAAAUAAGAAGCAAUACAUGGUUUAGGACAGGUUACACUUAUGUUUUCAUAAAAGUAUUCAAAAGACCAGGAGAAAUUUGAGAACAAAACCAUACAACAGAAAACAGCAUUACAUAAAAUAUAAAUGCAUUCAUGAGUCAAGCUGCAAAAAGUAGGACAAGAUUUUCUCCCAGUGUUUUAAUCCUGUUUGCCUCUGAGUCACAGUACAAAGAAAGCAGCCGGAGACUUCUUUUUUAGAGACUGGAUGUACAGAAAGACAGAAAAAAUGUUCACUCAUUGUCUGCAUCAAAUGUUAACGCUUCUCUGCAAACGUGAAUGUAAAUGUACAAAUAAUACAUGUACAUAGAUAUAUAUUGGAAGUAGGAAUUUGUAAAUGUGUUAAUUUGUUGGCUUGAAUAUGAGCAAUGAAUAAAGAUUUGGGAGCUGCA